AUGCGGUUAAAUUAUCUGCUUCUCUUAACAGUUGUUGGCUUAAAGACCUGCGAUGCCAGUAAGGUGUCCUGCAAGGAUGAAAAUGGCAAAGAUGUGGACUGGUGGCACAUGUACCUGUUACCACAAUACAUACUGCAAUAUUUAUAUGUGACUAGUAAUGAUUAUGGAGAGUGGAAGCUCUCCAAACACCUAACCAGCCACCAGUACUCUUUGCCAGAGAGGACCUUGAAUCCGCUCUUUAAAACGAUGACAUCCUGUUUGCGGCCUACAAUGAAGAGUUUCCCAAUGGCACCACAUUCGAUAAGGGCGGUGCUGCUAAGGGCGUGA